CAGGGACACGCGGUUCAACAUGGCAACGCGCUGGGGGAUCUGCAGCGCUGGGAAGAUCAGUCAUGACUUCACCGUGGCCCUGAAAACCCUCCCUGCCGAGGACCAUCAGGUUGUGGCUGUAGCAGCUCGUAAACUGGAGGAUGCUCAGAAGUUUGCCAACAAGCACAGCAUCCCUCGGGCAUACGGCGGCUAUCAGGAGCUGGCAGCAGAUCCAGACAUAGAUGUGGUGUACAUCGGGGUGAUCCACCCCUAUCACCUGAAGACCUGCCUGCUUUUCACCAACGCCAAGAAGCAUGUGCUGUGUGAGAAGCCGCUGGCCAUGAACACGAAGGAGGUGAAAGAGAUGCUGGACUCUGCCAAGAGGAACGACGUCUUCCUCAUGGAGGCGGUCUGGACCCGCUUUUUCCCGGCGUCUGUGGAGAUCCGGCGGCUGCUGGCCCGGGGGGAGCUGGGCGAGGUGAAGAUGGUCAGGUCGGAGUUCUGCGUUCCCCUGAUGGACGUACCAAGAGCCGUGGAGAAGGAGCUGGGCGGCGGAGCGCUGCUGGACAUCGGCAUCUACUGCCUGCAGUUCACAUGCAUGGUGUUCAACGGGGAGAAGCCAGAGAGCAUCCAGGCCACUGGCGUCUGCUUUGAGACGGGUGUGGAUGAAGCCGUGGUCGUAACUCUGAAGUUCUCCAGGAACAGAAUGGCGGUUUUUACUUGCUCUGCGGGAGUAGAGCUACCCAACGACGCCGUUAUUGCAGGAACAAAGGGUAUAAUAAAGGUCCCCCCCCACAUGUGGUGCCCCACGUCGCUGGUGGUGAACGGGAAGGAGACGCAGUUCCCGGUACCAGAACCCAGCUUGCCUCUCAACUUCGUUAACAGCACGGGGAUGCGCUAUGAAGCGGAGGAGGUUCGGCAGUGUUUGCUCAAAGGGCUGAAGGAGAGCGCUGUGAUGUCCCACGCCGACUCUCUUCUGCUGGCUGAACUGGAGGAUGAGAUCCGUCGGCAGGUGGGCGUGGUCUACAGCCAAGACUGCCAAUAAACGCUUAAGGUGAAGGUUAGAAUAUGACAGCUCAUAAAUGUCAAUGAGAGUUAUAUGAUGUUGUGGUGGUGAGCUCUAUAAAAGCACUUAAUUCAUACAAUAUGGGAAAAAAGGGUUAUUUUAGGUUUUCUUUUUUUACAAGAGUGCAACAUGCAGGUUUCAAUUAGUAUGACACUAACAUGUAAAGGAAUGUAGACAACCCUCGUUUACAACUGUAUCUGAAACCAAAAUGAUUGCAGUGAUGAUUAAUACUUUAUCUACUAAUACACUGAAACGCUGUAUCUGUGAAAAAUAUUUUCUAA